AUGAGUGCAAAACAUGAUGCUAUUGAAGCUCAAUCAAAAGUAAUAAAACAGAAUCGUCGAAAUGAGUCAGCUGAAGAACGUGGAACCCGUUUUGGAGAACAAAUUCUUGAUACAGACGUUUAUCAACAAAAUACAAAAGAAGGUUAUUUAUCCUAUUUGCCAACCAACAAUGAUGAUGAUGACGGAGAUGAUGAUUAUUCUUCGUCAAUAACAAAUAUGAAAUUAAAGAAUUAUGGACCAUCUCAAGAAAUCUUACAAAAUAUUCCAAACAUAGACAGAAACUUUGAUCCAUUGGAAGAACGUCGUAAAGGACGUGUAGCAGAUCGAGAAAAUGAAUAUCAACGUCAAAAUCGUGGUAAAACGCCUGAUCCUCAAGCUAAAGGUCGUGGUUAUGUCGAUAUUAUGGGCGAAGUAGCUGUACGAAACGCAAAGAUUGAUAUACGAAAUCAACUUGCUGAAAAAGCAAAAUCUGGCGAUUUACGUUCAUCUUCAACAUCAACAGCUGCUGCAUUGAUCUCUGCAAAAGCGGCUGCAGUGGCAGCUUCAAAUGAAGCAACAACUAGCGAUAAACGUCGACGUCGUUGGGAUCAAACAGCAUCUCAAGAUGAGUCAGAUCCAAAAGCAAAAAAGGCAGCGUAUGAAGAGGCCACCACGCCAGCACACGCAAGAUGGGAAGAAACACCUGGGCGAUCACUUGGUAGUGAAACGCCUGGUGCUUAUCAACAAUCACGAAUUCAGUGGGAUGCAACUCCAGGUCAUGUAACACCCGGUGCCACUUCUGAAACUCCGGGAGGUUCACGAACACCAGGCGCCGAAACGCCCGGUCGCCCAUCGGCAAAGAAAUCAAAUCGUUGGGAUGAAACUCCACGAACGGAAAGAGAAACUCCACAUACUAGCGGAUGGGCAGAAACCCCUAAAACUGAUCGGGGCGUUAAUCUGGACGAAGAUUAUUUAAUUAAAUCCACACCAACACCAUCAACAGACAAACGUCGUUCAAGGUGGGAUGAAACACCAGCGAAUGCAUCGGCUACUCCCUCUGGAACACCGUCAAGUUUUACACCCAUUGCCAAAGAAAUUGGUGUUCAUGCAACUCCAACAAUGGUAAGUGGUUUUACUCCUGGUAUGACACCCAAUUUAAUGACGCCAGUCGGUACAAAAGCAAUGGGCUUAGCUACACCAACACCUGGACAAUUAGUCAUGACACCUGAACAAAUGCAAGCAUAUCGUUGGGAACGUGAAAUUGAUGAACGUAAUCGUCCAUUAGCCGAUGAAGAAUUGGAUAUGAUGUUUCCUCCUGGUUAUAAAGUGUUACAACCACCAGCUGGCUACAUUCCACUUCGUACUCCGGCCAGAAAAUUAACAGCUACACCAACACCCAUGUCGGUAUUGAGCGGUUUUCGUUUACAAGCCUCUGAACGUGGUCAAGGUGCACAAUCAAAUCAAUUACAAGAAUAUCAACCAAAAGGAAAUCUACCAUUGUUGAAACCAGACGAUUUACAAUAUUUUGACAAAUUAUUACAAGAAAUCGAUGAAGAACAAUUGAGCCCCGAAGAACAAAAAGAACGAAAAAUUAUGAAAUUAUUAUUAAAAAUUAAAAAUGGUACACCACCAAUGCGAAAAGCAGCAUUGAGACAAAUUACCGAUAAAGCACGUGAAUUCGGUGCAGGACCGUUGUUUAAUCAAAUAUUACCAUUAUUGAUGUCACCAACAUUAGAAGAUCAGGAAAGACAUUUAUUAGUAAAAGUUAUCGAUCGUAUUUUAUAUAAACUCGAUGAUUUAGUUCGACCAUAUGUACAUAAAAUACUUGUUGUUAUUGAACCGUUGUUAAUCGAUGAAGAUUAUUAUGCACGUGUUGAAGGAAGAGAAAUUAUAUCAAAUUUAGCUAAGGCUGCUGGUCUUGCAACAAUGAUAUCAACAAUGCGUCCUGAUAUCGAUAAUUUAGAUGAAUAUGUACGUAAUACAACAGCGCGUGCUUUUGCCGUCGUUGCAUCUGCACUGGGAAUUCCAGCUCUGUUACCAUUUUUAAAAGCUGUUUGUAAAAGUAAAAAAUCAUGGCAAGCACGACACACUGGUAUCAAAAUUGUUCAACAAAUUGCUAUAUUAAUGGGAUGUGCAAUUUUACCACAUUUAAAAUCAUUAGUUGAAAUUAUUGAACAUGGACUAGAAGAUGAACAACAAAAAGUUCGUACAAUUACAGCUUUGGCUAUAGCAGCAUUAGCUGAAGCAGCAACGCCUUAUGGUAUUGAAUCAUUUGAUACAGUUUUGAAACCACUAUGGAAAGGUAUCAAACAACAUCGUGGAAAAGGCUUGGCGGCAUUUUUAAAAGCAAUUGGUUAUUUAAUUCCAUUGAUGGAUGCUGAAUAUGCGAAUUAUUAUACUCGUGAAGUGAUGUUAAUAUUGAUACGUGAAUUUCAGUCGCCCGAUGAGGAAAUGAAAAAAAUCGUUUUAAAAGUUGUUAAACAAUGUUGUGCAACUGAUGGUGUUGAAGCACAAUAUAUUAAAGAUGAUAUUUUACCAUCAUUUUUUAAACAUUUUUGGAAUCAACGUAUGGCGUUAGAUCGUCGAAAUUAUCGUCAGUUAGUUGAUACAACUGUGGAAAUAGCAAAUAAAGUUGGCUCAUCGGAAAUUAUUAAUCGUAUUGUUGAUGAUUUAAAAGAUGAAUCUGAACAAUAUCGUAAAAUGGUUAUGGAAACAAUAGAAAAAAUAAUGACUAAUUUAGGUUCACAUGAUAUUCAUUCACGUUUAGAAGAACAAUUGAUUGAUGGUAUUCUUUAUGCAUUUCAAGAACAAACAACAGAAGAUUCGGUUAUGUUAAAUGGGUUUGGUGCUGUUGUAAAUACAUUGGGAAAACGUUGUAAAGCGUAUUUACCACAGAUAUGUGGUACAAUAUUGUGGCGUUUAAAUAAUAAAGCAGCAAAAGUACGACAACAAGCUGCUGAUCUUAUAUCAAAAAUAGCCAAUGUGAUGAAACUUUGUACUGAGGAAAAAUUAAUGGGUCAAUUGGGUCUUGUGUUAUACGAAUAUCUUGGUGAAGAAUAUCCAGAAGUAUUGGGUAGUAUUUUGGGUGCAUUGAAAGGUAUUGUGAAUGUUAUUGGUAUGACAAAUAUGACACCACCAAUCAAAGAUUUAUUACCACGUUUGACACCAAUCUUAAAAAAUAGACAUGAAAAAGUUCAAGAAAAUUGUAUUGAUUUAGUUGGUCGAAUAGCGGAAUUGGGUGCUGAACAUGUAGCGGCACGAGAAUGGAUGCGUAUCUGUUUCGAAUUAUUAGAAUUAUUAAAAGCACAUAAAAAAGCUAUUAGACGCGCAGCUGUAAACACAUUUGGUUACAUAGCGAAAGCCAUUGGACCUCACGAUGUUUUGGCGACAUUAUUAAAUAAUUUAAAAGUCCAAGAGAGACAAUUGAGAGUAUGCACAACGGUUGCUAUAGCUAUUGUAGCCGAAACGUGUUCACCAUUUACAGUUUUACCCGGUCUAAUGAAUGAAUAUCGUGUACCGGAAUUAAACGUACAAAACGGUGUAUUGAAAGCAUUGUCAUUUAUGUUUGAAUAUAUUGGAGAAAUGGGAAAGGAUUACAUUUAUGCUGUAACCCCAUUACUUGAAGAUGCACUUAUGGAUCGUGAUUUGGUUCAUCGUCAAACCGCAAUGUCAGCUAUCGGUCAUAUGUCACUUGGAGUUUAUGGUUUUGGUUGUGAGGAUGCAUUAGCCCAUUUGUUGAAUUAUGUAUGGCCAAAUAUAUUUGAAACAUCGCCACAUGUCAUUCAAGCAUUUAUUGCAGCAUGUGAAGGUUUAAGAGUGGGUCUAGGACCAGGCAAAGUACUUUACUACACGUUGCAGGGUUUAUUUCAUCCUGCACGAAAAGUUCGAGAUGUGUACUGGAAAGUAUAUAAUACAUUAUAUAUUGGUGCACAAGAUUCUCUUGUUGCUGCCUAUCCACGGAUUGUUGACGAUAUUCGAAAUAGUGAACUUGAUGGAAUGAUCAAUGGAGGUGUACUUCCGCAUAAAACGGAAAAGUCUGAAGAAUAUAGAAACACUUAUACGAGAUAUGAACUCGAUUAUGUACUAUAA